AGUGUCGGAGGUGAAGUAGUUACGAUGUUAACGUGACACACGGAAGUUACAUAAAAAACAUAAGUUCAUAAAGAGUUGUUUACUUUUGUCUUCACACAGGACACAAAGCUCGUUCUGCUGGUGAAAGUCAGACGUUUGUCCCUCCCCUCCUCCCGUCCUGAGUGUGAUAUCCACCAUUAAAACUUCCCGUCAAUCAUUCCUACAACGUCAGCAAGAUGGCGAUGGAGGACAGACUAAAACACGGCAGGAUGAAUCCCAUGACACAGUUGUACUACAAGAAGGCGACGUACUCGCCGUACCGCGACCGCAUCCCGCUGCAGAUCGUGCGGGCGGAGGUGGAGCUGUCGGCGGAGGAGAGGGCUUACCUCACCGCCGUGGAGAAAGGUGACUAUGCGGGCGUGAAGCACGCGCUGCGCGAGGCGGAGGUGUACUACAACAUGGACGUGAACUGCCUGGACCCGCUGGGCCGCAGCGCGCUGCUCAUCGCCAUCGAGAACGAGAACCUGGAGAUCAUGGAGCUGCUGCUGGACCACGGCAUCCACACCGGGGACGCCCUGCUCUACGCCAUCAGGAAGGAGGUGGUGGGCGCCGUGGAGCUGCUGCUGUCACACCGCCGGCCCAGCGGCGAGAAACAGGUUCCGUCGCUGAUGAUGGACAGCCAGUUCUCAGAGUUCACCCCAGACAUAACUCCCAUCAUGCUCGCUGCUCACACCAACAACUACGAGAUCAUCAAACUGCUCGUCCAGCGGAAGGUGACCAUCCCCAGACCUCACCAGAUACGAUGUGACUGUGUGGAGUGUGUCUCCAGCUCAGAGGUCGACAGUCUUCGGCAUUCCAGAUCUCGACUGAACAUCUACAAGGCUCUGGCCUCGCCGUCCCUCAUCGCUCUGUCCAGUGAAGACCCCAUCCUCACCGCCUUCAGACUGGGCUGGGAGCUCAAAGAGCUCAGCAAGGUGGAGAACGAGUUCCGUCAGGAGUACGAGGAGCUGUCGCAGCAGUGCAAGAGAUUCGCCAAAGACCUCCUGGACCAGGCGAGGAGCUCCAGAGAGCUGGAGACCAUCCUGAACCACCGAGACAAUGACCAGAGCGAGGAGCUGGACCCCAGGCAGUGCCACGACCUGGCCAAGCUCAAACUGGCCAUCAAAUACCACCAGAAAGAGUUCGUGGCUCAGCCGAACUGCCAGCAGCUCCUCGCCACCCUCUGGUACGACGGGUUCCCCGGCUGGAGGAGGAGACACUGGGCCGUCAAGCUGGUCACCUGCUUCAUCAUCGGACUCCUCUUCCCCGUCUUCUCUCUGAUCUACCUGUUGGCUCCUAAGAGCGCUCUGGGUCGCUUCAUCAAGAAGCCGUUCAUCAAGUUCAUCUGCCACACGGCGUCCUACCUGACCUUCCUGUUCCUGCUGCUGCUCGCCUCGCAGCACAUCGCCAGGACCAACCUGCACAUGCAGGGACCGCCGCCCACCAUCGUGGAGUGGAUGAUCCUGCCCUGGGUGCUGGGCUUCAUCUGGGCAGAGAUUAAGGAGAUGUGGGACGGAGGAUUCACAGAGUACAUCCACGACUGGUGGAACCUGAUGGACUUUGCCAUGAACUCGCUCUACCUGGCCACCAUCUCGCUAAAGAUCGUGGCCUACGUCAAGUAUAACUCCUCUCGGCCCAGGGAGGAGUGGGAGAUGUGGCACCCUACGCUGAUCGCCGAGGCGCUGUUCGCCAUCGCCAACAUCUUCAGCUCGCUGCGACUCAUCUCCCUCUUCACCGCCAACUCCCACCUCGGCCCUCUGCAGAUCUCUCUGGGCAGGAUGCUGCUGGACAUCCUCAAGUUCCUCUUCAUCUACUGUCUGGUCCUGCUGGCGUUCGCCAACGGUCUGAACCAGCUCUACUUCUACUACGAGACCAAGGCCUCCGAGGAACCCAACAACUGCAAGGGCAUCCGCUGUGAGAGGCAGAACAACGCCUUCUCCACGUUAUUCGAGACGCUCCAGUCUCUGUUCUGGUCCGUCUUCGGGCUGCUGAACCUCUACGUCACCAACGUGAAGGCGCGCCACGAGUUCACCGAGUUCGUCGGGGCGACCAUGUUCGGGACGUACAACGUGAUCUCACUGGUGGUUCUGCUCAACAUGCUGAUCGCCAUGAUGAACAACUCCUACCAGCUCAUCGCUGACCACGCCGACAUCGAGUGGAAGUUCGCCCGCACCAAGCUGUGGAUGAGUUACUUUGACGAGGGCGGCACGCUGCCUCCUCCCUUCAACAUCAUCCCCAGCCCCAAGUCCAUCCUCUACCUGCUGCUGUGGCUCCACAGCAAGCUGUGCAGCCGAGGCCAGCCGCCCGGGGACGACUCGCACAAAUGUGAAAACCUCCGAGAGUUCACGGAACGCCACGCGGACAGUCUGAUCCAGAACCAGCACUACCAGGAAGUGAUCCGGAGCCUGGUGAAGCGCUACGUGGCGGCGAUGAUACGGAGCGCCAAGACGGACGAGGGACUGACGGAGGAGAACUUUAAGGAGUUGAAGCAGGACAUCUCCAGUUUCCGCUACGAGGUCCUGGAUCUCCUCGGCAACCGGCGUCCUCCUCGACGGAACUACUCGUCCUCCAGCGAGCCGACGAGGGACGACGGCGCCGUGGCGUCGGAGGACGACAGCGAGCCGGGCGAGGGCGGCGAGGGCCAGAAGUCGAAGGGCGUGACGUUCAUGACCCCGCUGGAGGACAACGCCAGCCCGUCGCCGACGCUCGGCGUGUCCGCCUUGGUGCGCUCCAUCUCUGGGAUGACCCGGAUAGAAGGAGGAGACGGGGAGGAGGAGGAGGAGGAUCUGGAGGAGGGCAUCGGAUGGGGGGAGGAGGAGGAGGAAGAGGAGGGGAAACCAAAGAGCAACGGGCUGAAGACGACCGUCAUCCCUCCGUCCUCCUCCUCCUCCCUCCCCUCGCCGUCUUCAUCCUUCUCCUCCUCGCUGUCCUCCUCGCUGGCUCGUACGAGGAGCCGCCUGCAGCGCCUCUCCACUCCGGGAGCUAAGACGGACUCCUUCAAGCGCCUCUCCUACCUGUUUUCCCGCUCUAAACGCAGAGCCCCGCCCAUGCCGCUGCCGCUCCAGUCCCCGCCCUCCUACACCAUCUCCGACGGGUUGCUCCGCCCCCUGGGCAGCCACAGCCACUCCGACUUCGGACUCAGUGACGUCACCAGGAGCGAGACUCACCUGAACGAGGUGGGCCGCUCGGUCGACAUCAGCAACCCCUCGUUCUCUCCGCGGAGAACGAACGGGCGGGACUCGCUCCUGGCGCUGCCCCUCCCCCCCCCGUGCCCCUGCCAAUCCCUGCACUGUGCUUCCAACAUGUCCGAGUCCAGCUCGCGCCUCCUGGACUCCAGCGAGGACGUUUUCCAGGGCGGAGGCGUGGGAGGAGCGGGGGAGGGCAGCGUGGAUGGAGGAGGGGGAGGAGGGGUGAUGAUGAUCGGCGGGUGGGUGGGACCCUGCGAUGAUGUCAUAGAGGACAGCUGUGAGGUCAUAGAGGACUCCGUCACCACGCAGCUAUAGGAACGAGGGACAACCAAACUGUUUUUCUUUGUUUGUUUGCGAAAUGGCUGAACACAUUCAGAGGGAGAGAGACAGAGAGAGAGAGGGGAGGGGGGGCGCCGGGAUCCGGAAUCCUGAGGCCGAAGUUUUGGAACGCAACUGUUCGGGAAUUCAGCGGUGGAGUUGUGGAGCGAGACGGUUCAGGAAUCCUGCGGUGGAAUUCUAGAACGCAACAUUUACGAGAACAGAACAGACGGUUCGGUGAUGGUUCCCGUAGCAACCACGAGGACGGACGAGAUCCCGGAAUGACAGAUGUUCAUAAAGACAGUUUGACAUCAUGUGUGACACAUUAUCACCCAGCUAGUUAGCCCGCUACCGAGUCAGGGAGCUACCAAAAUAACCCACAAGUGAGAGGGCUAACUAGCUAGAGCGCAAAGGAGCUACUUGAGUAACAUGCUAGUGAGAGGGCUAACUAGCUAGAGCGCAAAGGAGCUACUUGAGUAACAUGCUAGUGAGUGGGCUAACUAGCUAGAGAGUGAGGGAGCUACUUAAGCAACAUGCUAGUGAGAGGGCUAACUAGCUACAGAGCAAAGGAGCUACUUAAGUAACAUGCUAGUGAGUGGGCUAAUUAGCUCGAGAGCGAGGGAUCUACCUAAGUAACCCAAUUGCGAGUGGACUAACUACCUAUAGAAUGAGGGAGCUACCAAGCCAACCCACAAGUGAGUGGGCUAACUUGCUAGAGAGCAAAGGAGCUAUAUAAGUGACAAGCUAGUGAGUAGGCUCACUAGCUAGAGAGUGAGGAGCUACCAAUGUAACCCACAACUGAGUGGGUGAGUGAGCUAACUAGCUAGAAAGCAAGAAAGCUACCAAGCCAACCCAUGACUGACUGAGUGAGUGAGUGAGCUAGAUAGCGGAUGAGUGAGCUACCAAAGUGAAUGGACUAACUAGCUAGAGAGCUACUAAAGUACACCGCUAAUGAGCUAACCUGCCAGUCAGUGUGCUAACUAGCUAGCGAGGUAACUAGCUAGAGAGGUAACUUGAGAGCGGUUCACAAGCUCCCUUUCUUUUAAUCUUUUGAAU